AUGAGUCAAGAUAUUGCUAAUAUAUAAUCCCCUAACGAUAAUUUAUCGAAUCACUCUAAAGAUCAAGAAAAAGAACCAAACAAUUUACUUCCGCAAGCUCAAGAUGAAGUUUCUGUUUCCUCCAAAGGAAAAAAAAAUACAUUACAUAGAAAGCUUUCAAACAGAAAUGAUGUAGGAGAUAGAAAAGGAUACAGAAAGGUUUAGUUUUAUUUAGAAAAACUCGUUGAUAGUUCUGCCACUCAAAUCACAAUGACUAUUGUAACAAUUUAUGCACUAUUUGGUGAUGAUAUAAGAGUAUUAUCUACCGACAAACAAGGUGAUGAAGCUUUUUGGAUUAUGAAUUGCAUCUGCCUUGCUUUAUUUACAGUAGAAAUAAUAAUAAAUUGCAUAGCUAAGAAAGGAUAUUUUAACAGUUUCUUCUUUUAUUUGGAUAUCAUAUCUACUGUUUCUCUAAUUUUAGAUAUUGGAUGGAUUUCUGAUGCUAUGUUUAAUUAAGGUGGUGGUUCAUAAAAUGCUGCCUAAGUUGCAAAGGCUGGUAGAGCUUCUCGUGUUGGAACAAGAGCAGGUAGAGUCGUCCGUAUAGUAAGACUUAUUCGUCUUGUUAAGUUAUACAAACUUGCUUAACAAAGAAUCUAAUUAGAAGCUGCAAAACUCAAAGCGCUUGAAUAUGAAUAAAAGUAAUUAGAAGAAUAGUAAAACUAAGAUAAUAACCCUCCUUAGCAAUAGGAAUUAGGAAAUAAUACAGUUUUGUAAAAGAGAAUAAAUAAUGUAAUUAUGAAAGAAAGAGUGGCAAAAACUUUAUAGAUGAAAAAGUAGACAUCUAAUGCAUCAGUUAAAUAAUUUUAAGAAACAGAUGCUGUUAAAGAAAUUAUACCCCCUGCAGUUGAUCAAAGUCCAAAUCUAUAACCUAAAGAAAAUGAAGAAUAAAGACUUUUAGAAGAAUAAAAAGCUUUAAAAAGUAAACUCCCUCCUUUAAAUAAUUAAACAAGCAGUUUAGAAGCAUCACCUAAUAAUGUUCCUAGUAAACCUGUUGUAUUAGAAAAGUAUAAAGAUGACCCCCUUUUGCAAGUGACAAAUGUCAACACUGAUUAAAAUGAAUAAGGAGAAAAGAAAGAUGUAAAGAAAAUGGCUAAAGAUAUUAUCUAAAUUAAUCAGAAAAAGCACACAAAAAAAUAUUCCAAAGCAUCCACAAUUCAAAGAUAAGCUGAAAAAGAAAAGAAAUAAGAAUCAAAUGAUGUUGGCAGUGAGAGUAAGGUUGGCUAAAAGCUCACAGAUUUAACAACCCAAAGAGUUAUAGUCAUUGUACUUUGCAUCAUGAUUAGUAUUCCAAUUUUUGAUUAUUCUACUUACUAUGAAUCUUAAACCUCCUAUGAUGCAGGUCUACUUUUUAUUUAUUACAAUUAUAAGGCAAAUCAAAUUAAUCUCUCAUACGAUUCGAUGAAAUUGUAUUUAGAUUUUUCAAAUAGCUAAAGAAAUCCAAUAUUGUAUAUGUCAAACAAAUAUGGUGUCAGCUAAUAUCCAUGGGGUGCUUAAUAUCCUAACUCUGUAUUUAACGAUGUAAGAGCUGAUUAAUCUACAUAUAGAGAAGAUGAUAAAUAUUAUUACACUAUGACUGUUGAUGGUGAAUUGAUUUCUUAUAGUAUUGUCGAUAUUAAAGGAGAUAAUCAAAUUAAUGCUAUAUUAUCUAUUAUUAGAACGAUCUUUGUAUCUAUUGUACUUACUAUUGCUUUUCUAUCUUUUUCAUCUGAUGUCGAACAUUUAGUUUUAGAACCUAUAGCUAGUAUGAUGAAAAAAGUUAGAAGAAUUGCUGAUAACCCUUUAGAAGCUGCUCAAAUUGAAGAAAGAGAAGCUCUUGCUCUUGAAUAGCUAUAAAAAGAAGGUAAUUUAAAGUAACUGCAAAAAUUAAAAGAUUAAGAAGGAUAUGAGACUGUCGUUCUUGAAAAACUAAUCAUGAAAAUAGGAGCUCUUUUGGCUUUAGGUUUUGGAGAAGCAGGAUCUGAAAUUAUUGCUUCAAAUAUGAGUAAGGGUGGUUCAGUAGAUCCUAUGAUACCAGGUAAAAAAAUUAUGGCUAUUUUUGGCUUUUGUGAUAUCCGUAAUUUUACAGAUGCUACGGAAGUUCUAUAAACAGGUGUCAUGCUUUUUGUGAAUGAAAUUGCUGAAAUUACUCACUCUACAGUAGAUUCUUUUUGUGGUCAAUCAAAUAAAAAUAUUGGUGAUGCAUUCUUGCUAGUAUGGAAGUAUGGAGAAGAUGAUUAUUUUUAUAAUAGUGAAAAUCAGCUUGAAUUAAAGGAUACCUAAAAAGUUCAUAAUCUUGCUGAUCUCCCAGUUUUAGCAUUCCUUAAGAUUAUGGCAGCUAUCACUAUUUCUAAAAAACUUUUCAAGUAUCGUUAGCAUAAGGGUUUAAAUGAAAGACUCAAAAAUUACAGAGUAAAAAUGGGUUUCGGACUGCAUGUUGGUUGGGCUAUUGAAGGAGCUAUUGGAUCUGGAUUUAAAAUUGAUGCUUCAUAUUUGAGUCCAAAUGUCAAUAUGGCAUCACGUCUAGAAGCAGCUACCAAAUAAUUUGGUACUGGACUUUUAAUAAGUGGGCCUUUAUAUAAAAUUCUAACUCCAUAAUGCUAAAACCACUUAAGACACAUUGAUAGAGUAACAGUCAAGGGUUCUCUUGUUCCUUUAGAUAUGUACACCGUUGAUGUUCAUUUGGAUAAUAUUGUCUAUAAGAAAGUUGGUAAAGAUAGAUUUGAUAAUGCCCAUCUAAGUUUAGCCAUUAAGAAAAAGAAAAGAGUCAUUGAUAGAAUGAAAAGAAAUAAGCUAAAAGAGUCUAUUAUUAAUGGAACAGAAAAUCCUUAUGAGUUCUUUAACACAGAUAAAGAACUUGUUGCCAUGAGAGAAUUCUUUACACCUGAAUUUUACUCAUAAUGGUAAGUUGGUUUUAAGUAUUACCUUGAUGGUAAAUGGCCUCAAGCUAAAGAAAUAUUCUAAAAAACACUAGUUAUGCUUAAUAGCAAUGGUAUAAUUGAUGGUCCUUCAAAUACUCUAAUAGAAGUUAUUGAGGAACAUGGUAAUAAAGCACCUUCUGACUGGAAUGGAUUCCGUGUCUUAACAGAGAAGUGA